AUGGUCGACCUCGGCGGCUCCCUAGCAGUAGCCUCCCGCGGGCUCUUCGCAACCGGCGUAUCCACCGACCUAAACGUAACCUACCUCUCCUCCGGCGGCAAGAUCGGCGACUUGAUCAAGGCCGAGGUGACGUGUGACAAGUUCGGAAAAACACUCGCUUUCACGUCCAUCAACUUCAGCAACAACAAGGGAGAGGUCUUCGCACGGGGAAGCCACACCAAGUACGUUGCGUUGGCGUGGAAAGACCCCAACAACAUCGUUGAGGAGCUUUCACCUAAGCCUGCGAAGAAGGAGUAG